CCUCGGCAGUGGAGGUGUCUUCCUGAAGGUUCGGGAAGGUGGGCCCUCCCGGCCUCUCUGCCUGGAAAACUUUUACAUCUUUAACUUGUAAUUUCAUAUUCCAUGUGCCUUCUCGUGAAGUAUCAGUAUUUUCAUAAUUAAAAGCUAGAAGCAAGAAAGGACUCUCUUGGGAAAUUGCAGAUUAUAUGAAUUACCCCUGCAUUUUCUCAUUGCCUUUAUUCACAGAGGUUAGUACCAGUGGCUGUGUGCAGGUUUCCCGUCUCCCAUGGCAGGUGUUGCAGAGGAGGAGGUCUCGGGGCGGGGGGUCUCCCUAGGGGAGAGAGGCACUUGCGCCUCCUGCGCCGCCGCCACCCCCCAUCCAAGGAUAUGCCUUCAAGCCUCCACCUAGACCCGACUUUGGGACCUCCGGGAGAACAAUCAAAUUACAGGCCAAUUUCUUCGAAAUGGACAUCCCCAAAAUUGACAUCUAUCAUUAUGAAUUGGAUAUCAAGCCAGAGAAGUGCCCGAGGAGAGUUAACAGGGAGAUCGUGGAACACAUGGUCCAGCACUUUAAAACCCAGAUCUUUGGGGAUCGGAAGCCCGUGUUUGAUGGCAGGAAGAAUCUGUACACAGCCAUGCCCCUUCCGAUCGGGAGGGACAAGGUGGAGCUGGAGGUCACGCUCCCGGGAGAAGGCAAGGAUCGCAUCUUCAAGGUGUCCAUCAAGUGGGUGUCCUGCGUGAGCUUGCAGGCGUUACACGAUGCACUUUCAGGGCGGCUGCCCAGUGUCCCUUUUGAGACGAUCCAGGCCCUGGACGUGGUCAUGAGGCACUUGCCAUCCAUGAGGUACACCCCCGUGGGCCGCUCCUUCUUCACCGCGUCUGAAGGCUGCUCCAACCCUCUUGGCGGGGGCCGAGAAGUGUGGUUUGGCUUCCAUCAGUCCGUCCGGCCUUCUCUCUGGAAAAUGAUGCUGAAUAUUGAUGUGUCGGCCACAGCGUUUUACAAGGCACAGCCAGUAAUCGAGUUUGUUUGUGAAGUUUUGGAUUUUAAAAGUAUUGAAGAACAACAAAAACCUCUGACAGAUUCCCAAAGGGUAAAGUUUACCAAAGAAAUUAAAGGUCUAAAGGUGGAGAUUACGCACUGUGGACAGAUGAAGAGGAAAUACCGAGUCUGCAACGUCACCCGGAGGCCUGCCAGUCACCAAACAUUCCCGCUGCAGCAGGAGAGCGGACAGACGGUGGAGUGCACGGUGGCCCAGUACUUCAAGGACAGGCACAAGCUGGUUCUGCGCUACCCCCACCUCCCAUGUUUACAAGUCGGACAGGAGCAGAAACACACCUACCUUCCCCUGGAGGUCUGUAACAUAGUGGCAGGACAAAGAUGCAUUAAAAAAUUAACGGACAAUCAGACCUCAACCAUGAUCAGAGCAACUGCCAGGUCGGCGCCCGAUCGGCAAGAGGAGAUUAGCAAAUUGAUGCGAAGCGCGAGCUUCAACACAGACCCAUACGUCCGUGAAUUUGGGAUCAUGGUCAAAGAUGAGAUGACAGACGUGACUGGGCGGGUGCUGCAGCCACCCUCCAUCCUCUACGGGGGCCGGAAUAAAGCGAUUGCGACCCCUGUCCAGGGCGUCUGGGACAUGCGGAACAAGCAGUUUCACACGGGCAUCGAGAUCAAGGUGUGGGCCAUCGCGUGCUUUGCCCCCCAGCGCCAGUGCACAGAAGUCCAUCUGAAGUCCUUCACAGAGCAGCUCAGAAAGAUCUCGCGGGACGCCGGCAUGCCCAUCCAGGGCCAGCCAUGCUUCUGCAAAUACGCGCAGGGGGCGGACAGCGUGGAGCCCAUGUUCCGGCACCUGAAGAACACGUACGCAGGCCUGCAGCUGGUGGUGGUCAUUCUGCCCGGCAAGACGCCGGUAUACGCUGAGGUCAAGCGUGUGGGAGACACGGUACUGGGGAUGGCCACGCAGUGCGUGCAGAUGAAGAACGUGCAGAGGACCACGCCACAGACCCUGUCCAACCUCUGUCUGAAGAUCAACGUCAAGCUGGGAGGCGUGAACAACAUCCUGCUGCCCCAGGGCAGGCCGCCGGUGUUCCAGCAGCCCGUCAUCUUUCUGGGAGCGGAUGUCACUCACCCGCCCGCCGGGGACGGGAAGAAGCCCUCCAUUGCCGCCGUGGUGGGCAGCAUGGACGCCCACCCCAAUCGCUACUGCGCCACCGUGCGCGUGCAGCAGCACCGGCAGGAGAUCAUUCAGGACCUGGCCGCCAUGGUCCGCGAGCUCCUCAUCCAGUUCUACAAGUCCACACGCUUCAAGCCCACCCGCAUCAUCUUCUACCGCGACGGCGUCUCCGAGGGCCAGUUCCAGCAGGUUCUCCACCACGAGCUGCUGGCCAUCCGCGAGGCCUGCAUCAAGCUGGAGAAAGACUACCAGCCCGGGAUCACGUUCAUCGUGGUGCAGAAGCGGCACCACACGCGGCUCUUCUGCACGGACAAGAACGAGCGGGUUGGGAAAAGUGGAAACAUUCCAGCAGGCACGACUGUGGACACGAAAAUCACCCACCCCACCGAGUUCGACUUCUACCUGUGCAGCCAUGCUGGCAUCCAGGGGACAAGCAGGCCUUCGCACUAUCACGUCCUUUGGGAUGACAAUCGUUUCUCCUCUGAUGAGCUGCAGAUUCUAACCUACCAGCUGUGUCACACCUACGUGCGCUGCACACGCUCCGUGUCCAUCCCGGCGCCAGCAUACUACGCUCACCUGGUGGCCUUCCGGGCCAGGUACCACCUGGUGGAUAAGGAACAUGACAGUGCUGAAGGAAGCCAUACCUCUGGGCAGAGUAACGGGCGAGACCACCAAGCACUGGCCAAGGCGGUCCAGGUUCACCAAGACACUCUGCGCACCAUGUACUUUGCUUGACAUGUUUUAGUGUUUAGCGAUUGUGUAUUGAGGGGGAUUCACGAGACCAGCUACACUCAGACCAACAGACGGCCAGCCCUUCCGUGACAGCCAGCAUCGAACAUGAGACGUCAUUGAUUUUAUUAGAUUCUCCGUUUUCCAGAAUGCCUUCCGUCCCAGAUUUCAAACUUGGAUUUUGAACUGCAGACCUGUAUGAGAACCCAAUGUCGUAGGAAAUAUGGUUUGCUAAAAUCUAUAAGCUGCUUACUAAAAUAGAGUCCCGUGUUUCCUAAAAAUCUCCUAAAACCAGUCUAUGAACUCAGGGCUUUAAAACAUUUUUAAUUUAUUUGGUCAUUCAAUUUACUUGUUUUUAAUACAUGAUUCUCUAUGAAAUUGAUGGGCUCAAACUAGCUGUGAAUCUUCUGAGAGAGAAAGCAACACAAAACACAGUUGUGGUUUUAAAGCCUUGAACAUUCUGAUGUUGUCACUAAAGCUGAUUUCCAGGCGUGGCUCACCCAAGCUCCUCAGCCAAGAGCAGGUGGCCGUGCAGAGGCGUCCGCAGGUGCCGUGUUCUGCCAGCACCGCCCUUCACCCAGCCUGAACCAAGGAGCAGUGGCAGAAGGUGGGCCCCGUGUGUUUACAGCAUUUCCAGGUCCAGAGAGGUUGGCAGACAAGUGCCAUUUUAAUAAAAAUGUAUUUAAAAAAAAAAAAGAAAAAAGACAAUAUACUGACAGUCUAAUCAUCAGAUUUGUCCUAUAGGACUGUGACAUUUAUUUUCCAAAGUUUCUAAAGAAUACGGGUCUGUGGUGGUAAAUACAGUACAAUCCUUUUUCACUGUCAUGUCUUUAAUGUAAGAGAAAAAUAUAUAUAUCUGGUUUGCAGUAUUAAUGUGAUAGAUAGAUGCUGUUUUUUCAUUUUGUUGACUAUGGGGUGCUUCUGUGAUCUGUUUAGCAUAUCAAGAGUGUUUUGGAGCCUGGGGGUGGGACCGCCUCUCAGUUCUUAGUGCUUAAGUACAGGAAUAUGCAAUUGACUUAACGUGACAGCAGCCCACCUCCCCCCGUGGAGACUGUGCAGCCUGUACCCUCGGGAGGGGCGGGUGUGCCCUCCGCACUGCUCGCCACCCUCCCUGCCGCCUCAUCCCCGUGUGUCACUCAGCUAAUGAAGCACAAGUGGAAGUAAUUUAUUCUUGCAUUGCUGGGAAACACAUUCAUGUGUGGGGCGCACUCCUCUCCCCGCUCCGUGUGCGCUUUUGUCAGAUGAGGUUCAUAGAUGUAUGCACUGAGAUUCAUAGAAAGCUGUUGGUGGUGGCUCUGCUGGGUGUGAGGCCGUCGGUCACAGUGAAGGAGCCUGCCUGGCCCUGGGAGGCCCGAGGAUGGCAAGGCCAGCAGAGGGCACGGGGCAUUCUGCUGGGGUUUGCAUUGGGGGCCCCAGACGUGGGUGUGCCAAUUUAGAAACCGUUGCACUAAGAGUGACACCACGGACGGUUUUGAAAGCUAAGAACAGACGACUGUUUGUGCUAAGUGGGCUUUUUGUCUCUGUACAGCUUCAGUAAGACUCCAAUCCAUGUUCCAUUAGAGGCGUCAGGAAGGAGGCGAGCCUCCCCUAGUGCUGCUCUGCGCUCCAUAGGUCCCCUCUUCCUGCUGCUGUCCCCUCCCCGGCCCUGCGUGACACUUACCUCGGCACUGCGGUGGGGUGGGGUGCCAAAGGAGCUGCUUGCUUUUGAGCGGCACCCCCUCCGCCUUUGUGCUCAGCUGCUUCGGAGGUGGCAGGAGGGGUGGCGAGCCACGGGUUGGUGGGUCCCCGGAGCCUCGCCUGGAUGUUGGCGGCAAUGACAAAGGGAUGACUAUUAUUUGUGAAGAUGUGUACUCAGAGUGGCGUGUGUGUCCCUGUGUGUGUGUGUGUGUGUGUGUGUGUCCCUGUGUGUGUGUGUGUCUUACUAACGGCAUUAGUCUCUUUUGGCUGUAUCUUUUUUUUUUUUUUUUUUUUUAUCUUUUUAAAUGACAGAAGCCCCCACUCUAAGAAGUCGCAAUUCCCUGUUGUUUUGUAGGCCAGGGCACUUUCUCCUGUUUUCAGAAGGAGACAGAGACGCUCGCAGCUUAAAUUAACAGAUGCAUUCAAGCUAAGGGGGAAUCUUUUGACUAAUAAACUUUUCACAUCUGAAAUUAGAUUAGUUUCCAGCCAUUUUUAGAAUUAUCUGGAACCAUGUGUCUCAAAGGUGUGUUUCUUCCACCUGCAUCAGGCUCUCUGUCCGGGGGAUGGUGGUGGUUCUUGUUUAUAAUGCAGAUUUGUGGGCCUGCUCCUACCUCCUGAGGAGGUACUUCAUGGCUGGCCUGGCAUCUGCCUCUAAGUGAUGGCCGCGGCCCUGGGCUCCCUGGGGUCUGGGACCCAGCCCUGGCAACCCCCAGCAGGGAGGGGAUACUUCCUGAGUGGGUGCAUGGGACAGACUGAGCUGGCAGAAAAGUAGAACUACAAUUUUUUUCUUAAAUCCUUUUGAAGCAAAGUUUUCUUUUAGUGGGUCAAAGUACUUUGAGAAGGGUACUUCUUAUAGCCCUGCGCCUGUUUUAUAAAACUUAUAAUACUAAAAACAUGAAUAGACCAAACAUCUCCAGCUGGGUCGGCUGCACACCUUUGUACAUGUCUGAUGAUUCAGAGUUUAAAUGGCUGUAGUUACAAUUUCUCAGGUAAACAGUUGUUUUUCUCAAAUUUCUAGCAAUCCCUGCAUCAUUAGGCUAAAUUUUGAGACAGUGUACAACCUCAGAGUACAUUAGGGUAGGUCCCAGCCCUAUUCACGUGGAAGCCAGAGGCGGCCCCUUCCCCAGCGUCUGAGCAACUGAUUGUACAGGUGCCUGGGGCCUCCUCCUUCCCUGUCCACGGCUGUCCUCCCCAAAAUACCUGGGCCUGUUCAGAUUUGAGGGGUGCCCACUCGCUGGCUUUGUCCCCAUCCCACUGUUAAGUAAGGUGUGCCUUGCUUUAAGCAAACUGAAUGUGAAAAUAACGACGUAGAAGUCUGGGUUUGUUUAAAAGAAAAACUGGGAUUUUAUCUCAUCUCUUUAAAAGAGGUCUCCCAAUUUGAUUCCUGUACUGGGACUCUUCCUGGUAUAUUUUUACAUGUUCACUUUUUGAAAGCAUUAAUGUACUCCCAUCCUUUUGCCCCUAACCUGUCCCAUUUGACAAGUUCUUGCUGUAACGGCAAAGCAGUUAAUGGACACGAACACCCGGGGAGCCGUGGAAAGCUGCCCUCGGGGGAGAGACCUUCGGUGGUGGGAAGCCACCAACCUGUUGUUUGUGUAUCCCAAGCUCAGAUUUUCCUGGUUUGGAGAGAUUUUGUAAAACUGGGCAUGCAUAGCUGUACUUCUAGAAGGGGAUUAUUUUCCGUAGGGUUUGGUUUUCUCUGGUUCAAGCCGUCUUCACAUGGAGAAUUUUGAUAGCACGUUAGGGUCUGCCCUUUGAAGAUGAUGAUGCUUUUCAGUGGUGGUCUCACACUCCUUUGAAUGAACGUUUGCACUCUAGAAUCACAAACGAUGCGUGGCCAUUGUCCAGCUUGCCCGAGAGGGAGCUGUAGGGAGCAGGCAGUGACCGCCGCGUUGUUUGUCAGAGGCUGACCUAAACUGCUAUCACUAAUGUUUACCCCAGUGACUGCGCGUUAGAACAGGUCAUGUCAGUUCACUUCCUGGAGCGGGGUUAGUGGCUGGGGUUUUUAUUGUUGUUAUUUGUUACUUUUAUUGCUGUUAAAUGCAAGUGUUGCUAUUUAUUUUUUUCUUUCUGCUCGGGUUUGGUUUGGCCAACACAGAUAUUCCAAUGCAUGUGGUACCUAAUGGAUAUGAUAGGAAUUAUUUCCCCAAUUUUUAUAAAUUACCUAAUGUUUACCUUCAAGUUUGCUGGAUGAUUUAUUUUUGAAAGCCACAAAUGUGAUUUUUCUGGAUGAAUUGUUUUUCUUAUAUAUGCAGCCGUGUAAUUUUACAUUGGUCUGCAGGGUGGUUUAAAUUUUAUUUUUACAAGGCAGUUUUUCAGUCAAAUUAUAUAUUUGAUACAAUAUGCUAAGGAUUGACUGACCCUGAGUCAGGUGACCAGACACCGGCAUGUCCCCGGGAGGCCUUGGGGCUGGGGCGGCUUCUUGGCUGCUCGUGCUGGUGGCUGGUGGCUUGUUCCCUGCGCCUCUGGGAACUGGGUGUGUCCUUCAGCAGGACCGUGACCCGCUGGGCAGUCAAAAGGAUUUUUCAUGGGCAUUUUCCUACACAUAAGGCAGUUCCAUUAGCAGGAGCUUUAGAAGUUGACAUAAUCCAGACAGUGGACAAUCCCAGUGGCCCAGACAAGCCAUACGACAUUCUCCUGUGACCUCUCUCUGACCCAUCUCUCACGCUCAUGAGAAAAGGAAUGUACAAUAAAUAGAAACUUCCUCAGUGCUCAUGCGCCUCACUUGCAGAACGCGAGUAUUUUAUUUAUGUUUGAAGCCCUUCCCCAAAGUGACUGAGAAGUUGCGCUCUAGCUGCCGCGCCAGCAGUUUCGUCUGCUGUGACGCUUUUCGGUGUAGAUGCAGUGCACAUGUGACUUUGUCAUGCGGGUGCCCCUGUUACACACACACACAUGCUGACUCUCUUUUGUAAGGAAAAUCUUCAACUCAAAAUAAUUGCACUGAUUUUUUGACAACUUCUUUAUACGAUGUCCAGCUUCGCAUCUGCUGUACUUGUUUGAGAUGAUUGUAAAUAGAUUUCUGGUAGAAGUGAUAUGAAUGCACACGGGGCUCUGUUGUGGAGACACUGCCUCGUAUUCAGUAUUAUGUGUUAGAGUUGUGUGGACUUAACUUUGUUCCGCCCAUGAGCUUUGUGUCUGUUGACCAUUGAUGAAGGACAAAUUCGCCUCGUUUUCUUUUUCUUCUGAAGGGAAGUUUUAGGUCUGUUACUGGGAGAACAUGGUCUCUUGAUGCCUGAUGGUUUAGUCCUAGGCAGGCUCAUUGCAGUCUUGUGAAUGCUGUUUUGAUCUGUUUGAUUCCUCGUCGCUUGCCAUCGCUCUCCAACGCGUGGUCUCCGAGUUCUACCCAGCGCUGGGCAGUCCGGACGGGAGGCACCUGUUGUGCCUGCUGCUAGAACGCGAGGGCCUCCUUUGCCUCUCUGUGGUCAGAGUCAUUUUUAAGCCAUGAGGUCACUGUUGUGUCAAAGCCAUCAUUUGUGCCGGUCGUGUUGCCAGAGUAGCAGCGUGUGCCGUAGCCCCCGUGUGUCACUCUGUGGUCAGGCUACCCUGUGUCAGACCUAGCAAGGAGUUUUUCAGCCCACACCAGUCUGUGCGUGUGUCCGAGUCACAGCAGUGCCAUUACGGUGCCCUCGCUUACGCUUCUUUGGAUGUGUUUUGCCAUGUUAUUGUCUAAAGUGAAUGUAUUGGCUUAGCCAAAUUACUACAGAAGGUGGUUCCUAAAUACCUUUUAGUUAAAAAAAAAAAAAAAUGCAGUUAAAGGCUACCUCUGAAUUCCCAGUAGAUUCAUCAUGUUUGCUCUUAAGUGUAGCUGUCCACACUGAAAACAGCCAAGACGUUGCCUGAAUAAACUGAAUUGUGAACAUCUA